AUGCUACUUAAGAAAGUAAGGUACACGACCGAACAAAGAAGGAUUCGUGAGCGUUCACGGGUGAGUCGUGCCAUAUUUGCUUAGACAGGAAGUGCGCGCUCUAAAAAUUGACCAACUUUGUUGACGUUCUAGUCUAAGGGCAAUGCUCUCUGUUGCCAUCUCUUUGUUCGCCGGUGCCAGUGUAGGAAGGGGGAGACUGGCCGCCUCAAGCGGAACAACAAGAACGUCGCGCUUCAAUCCGUGACCGUCCUGGUCCGUCCGCACGUCGCGCCUUUCUCGCCAGCCAGCCAGCCAGCCAGCCAACCAGCCAGCCAGCCAACCAGCCAGCCAGCCAGGCAGGCAGGCAGGCAGCGGGUGCUCUAACGGUGUGUGUCGGAGUGUCCUUUCUGUCGGAGGCAGACAGUCAGAGAGGACCAGAAACCCCCACGAAAAACUGUGUUCCUUGCUUUGUUUGCGCUACAGGAGCCACAGAAAGAUGCGCAGAGGCCAGAAGUACGACAACGUCACGUCGUAGAUUCGUACCUAUCCGUCGGCGGCGUCGUGAUUUGCUUGUGGGCCUUCGUGCUUCUAUCGACCGGUGCUCUGGGACGUAUUGGCUUCCAGAAAGUAGGCGGGAACACCAUGACUACUAUGAGGCCGGAUGGCUGCCUCCCCAGAAGUUACGUCAUCCCUGAUGACGACGACUGCCCUAUUUGCCUCGAUGCCCUUCGGGACAAGACAGACUUGGUGCGGCUCACGUGUGGUCACUUUCUUUGCUAUGAGGUUCGUGUACAGCACUGGAAGGGCAGACAGUGUGUUUCUUCCUGUUCUCGCGUCUGCAGCUGUUUCUUCUGCUUGUUUCUUGUCAUCUUUGUGCAGUGCCUGAAGCGCGAGACAGGUUCUUUCUACAGGGACGAUGCAUCGCGGCCGACUGGCGCGAGGUCUGACGGGCGGUCCCUGCCAUGUCCCAAGUGCCGCUUUGUAAGCAUGAAUACCCACUGGACGAACAAACUUUCCUUCGGUGCGAUUUGACACACUAUCUCUCCGCUUUUUUUUCAGGGAUGUGAUUUGAUUGAGCGCAUACAGAAACCGUCAGCCUCGGCGACUCUGGAAUUUGACAGAUUCGGUGGUCCGUUUCGCGACGUCACCGUUGGUGAUACAACAUGGCGCGCUAACUAUUAUCACCCAUUGGGAUUGACGGGCGGGCUCAUCGCUGCGGGCCCCCUUUUUCUUCCUCCCGAAUUUGCGGGGACAUUCACGCGUCAGAUGUUGGACAGAUUGGGUCGCGCCUGGAACCGUUUGAGUGCCGACCACGACACGGUGGACGCCACUCUUGAAGCCCUCCUUUGGGACGAAAGCGCCGAGGAAUGUCGCGCCCUGCUGCGGGAUCUUGACGAUGUGCUGUCUUACUAUGGCGAAGACGGGUGAGCUCCGCGCCGUGCGUGAGACGAUGCGUACAUGGACGGACCACUUUCUUUGCCUGUAUGAGUGCUGUCAGGUGCUGUGAGGCCUUCGAUGUUGAAGACGAGGUGUGGGUCUGCGGGGUGGUCAAUCGGCCUGAAUACAACGGGCUAGAAGGUACAGUAGAGGAAGUCAUGCCGCCACGCACACGACGCAACAGAACUGACAACACACGGUGAGAAAAUAAAAGCGAGCCCCCGAACAAGAGAGACCUGAACGUACGUGUGCUGAUUUGGCCUUUUCUCUCUCUAUGUGUGCAAUUAUCGAGUGACUCUCGAUGCCGGCGAAAUUGUGCUAUCCCUGCGGGGCGACGUUCUUCGCCUUCCUCCCGAAAUGUACGAAUGGUUUUUUUUACGAAAGGACGGUGUCAGCGCCUCUCCCUUCUUGUGUGCUGGCUGGGGGCGAGUGGGUGGGUGGUCUGGGGAUGUGUCGAUAGACAAACAUGAUGCAUACAUGGCUACGCUCUUGUCUUUUCACGUGCAUGUACGUAAAUGACUGUUUUCAAUGUGCGCCUGAGUCUUGAAUGCUGGCGUGCGCCGCUGAAGUUGAUUGA